AUGGCCCCUACAUCUGAGCCUGGCAGCGGCAAACCGACAAACGCAGCUCAUCUGACCUUGGAAGCAUGGUCGCAGGGCAUGAUGGUCGGCUCGCUGGUGACCAUGGCCAUGAUCACCGCGGCAAACAUGCGAGCCGGCGUACUGCUUCACAAGCUUGUUCUUCUCGAAGUACGUAUGGAACGAAAUUUUGACUCCGCUCUCUCCAGAAAUCAAGAUACCCUGUUUCUUUUUGGCCCUUUUUCUGAGGAAAGCCGGCUAACCCAAAGGUCGCUGAAGCUGGUGUUGGCGAUCCCCAACGGUUUCUUCAUCUUCUUCAACGCCCCAGUGUUUGGCUGGUAUCUGUCUUCGACCGCGGUGUUGCUCAUUACGUCCUGGGGCCUUCACAACGUCAUUGCCUGGAUCAAGAACAAACCAUUUCUCAGCCAGACGACCAGUCGCAUUUACAUUGGCACGGUCGCCUUGGUCCAGGCGUACUGGGUGGUUGAGAUUUACGCCAAUUUUGCAUAUUUCAACAACAUCAAUGAGCGGUUGUUUGUACGGACCAGGCCGUAUGAAGCACUCUGUCGUGACCCGUGGUGGAUCUUUACAACGGUCAACCUCCUCUGGAAUAUCAAGCACCGUUACAACUUGGGGUUUCUGACCAUCAUUCGCGUCUCACCGCGUUUUGGCAUCCUCUUGCUGAGCAUGUGUCUCAGCGUGGCAUUCAUCGUCGUUGACAUUCUCUCCGUCACAUCGGUGCUUGACACGGGCUCUAUCAAUCCGUUCUGGAAGUUCUCUUUCGUCUUCAAGUGUUUCACCGACACUAUCAUCCUAGACGACUUCAAGACCGCCUUGGACAAACUGUGGCAGCAUGGGAAGAAUUCUAUCGUGGUUGGGAAUGUGCACCGGGAGAAUAAGAUCGUGCCGGUGGUCGAGCAGCUGGAACUCCAGAGGCGAGCGGAAAUUCGGUGCCUAUCGUUCUCCGAUCCCUUGGAGGGAAAUGUGAUUAUGAUGACCCGGUUGGGAAGCCGAGCCGGAGGUGAAAAUGAAGUUUGA